AUGCCUCUCACGCCAGACAGCCGAGUCCGUCUGCUCAAAACGGCAUACGUGGUCUAUUACCACACCGAUCUCGCCGAGGCAAAGCGCUUCCUGACAGACUUUGGCUUGACUGUGGCCCUCGAGCACCCCGGCAGGGAAAUAUUUUUCCAGGGCUACGGCACAGAGCCGUACGUAUACGUCGCGCGCCAGGCCGACUCCGCCAGCAAGUUCGGGGGUGCCGCAUACGUGGUAGAAACGCGCGAGGAACUGGAGAAGGCGCACCGCCAGUUCGGGGCCAGUGCUAUCGAGCCAGUCCAGGGCCCCGGUGGGGGCGAGCAGGUCACCUUAACCGAUCCAGUGGGUAAUGCGGUGUAUCUCAUCUGGGGAUGGCAAGAGAAGAAGGAAGCCCACCCCCCGCAGCUGGAGAAGUUGACCGUGAACUACGAAGACGAGAAGCCGCGAAAGGGCCGGUUCCAGCGAUUCAAGCCUGGGCCGGCCCCUGUGCAUCGCUGGGGCCACUAUGGGGUGACAUACCCUGAGGGCACGUAUGAGAGUAUGUACGCCUGGUAUACAACAACUCUGGCCCUAGCUCCGUCGGAUUUAGUCUACCGGGACGAGAAGCCUAUUACCUGCUUUUUCCAUAUUGACCGCGGUCUGGAGUAUACGGACCACCAUGCUUUCUUCUUCAAGCCGGCGAAGCCCGGCCAGCAGACUAGCGUGGCUCAUGCGGCGUUCGAGGUCCAUGACUUUGAUGUCCAGCAGCUGGGGCACAAUUAUCUCACCGAAAAGGGGUAUAAGAUCUGCUGGGGGGUUGGACGGCAUGUUCUCGGGAGUCAAGUCUUUGACUACUGGUUUGAUACCAGUGGGUUUGUCGUGGAACACUACGCAGACGGGGACCUCGUAAAUAUUGAAACGCCUAUUGCGCAUGUGCCUGCAGGGCCUGAGGCGCUUUCUGUGUGGGGGCCCCCAGUUCCAGCAGUAUUCUAAACGCCAGAAUCACAGUUCAUGC